AUGGACUGCCGUCGACAACAUCAUGAGGGGUUGCCCUCUCCCCCUUCACCUUCACGCAUGGCUUCUUGCUCUUCUACUGUUGCUUAUAACGUCGAUAAGGGAGUCGAAAAUAUACCAGCAGCGGAUGAGAACGACCUCCUAAACCCAGUGACGAGGUCAGCUAAGAAACGACGUCGUAGAAGUUCAGACUCUAAUAGGAGCUCUUCGAAGAAACCAAAAAAGAACAUCCGUCUCCGUCAACUUCGUCCUGAAGAAAUAUCAAACGCGCAGCAACAUCAGACAGCGUCGCCAAUAAAGCAAUUUCUUCAACUCGAACUAACACAACUUCAACGCUUCAUAUUUGACCAAGUCAGAUUUCCUCCCGAUAACCCGAAUUUUGUACUUGAUUACCUGCAAUUAAUACGUCAAUUACAUCGAAGCGAAGACCUGCAUCACUUGGAAAAUAAGCAACGCCAAAUCAACUACACCGAAAGCGACAGUCAUACCGAAAGCAACUCCGGUUCAGAAAUGGCCAAAGUUGGCCCUAAAGACAAGCUUUAUCUCAACAUCCUCGAUGCUAAUUGCAUUAAAGAGCUUAGGCAUGCUAAUUACCAAAAACUCGCCCCGGAUUUUAUUAAAGAGCUUCUCAAGAAGCUUAACCCCAGUAACGCCGAGAACAAGGCUCGUCGCCGACAAAAUCAUCCAACGUGGUAUCCUAAAGAUGAAUACGAGGAAUCGGCAAAGAAAUUUGAAAUCUUCGAUAAAAAGAGUGAUCUUGUAGAUGCAUCAUCAGAGGACGGCGUUGGAGCAUUCGUAUACGCCGCGCUGGCCUUAGACGAAGCUAAGUGUGAUACAUGCGAUAAUGCUAUGGAGUCAGCGUCUAACAAAUCGUUCAAACGCGUGUUCCUUGAACAUUUUCCGGAAGGUGAACAACUUACUUGCCCUAGACCGGACCUAUAUUUUGGAUACUCCACGACAGAGUUCCUCGACGGCGAGCCGUUCAUACCAAAAAUCUGGCGAGGAGCCUCAACAGAGAUAUAUCAGUUGUAUUGUCAAAUGUCGGGGGCACUUCGUAUCUGUUGUCCCUAUUUGAUAGUAGAAGCGAAACCCGACGGUGGAAGCGAAAGUGAGGCAGAAAAGCAGUGCGUCGUCGGCUGUUCUACUACCUUAGCGGCGUUACACUUCGCAUUCCCACAAGAAGAAGAGUUCGUUGUCUUCGGUCUCACUCUUUUACCUACUAGGGCGCAACUUUCUGUAGCGUGGAGGACGCUCGACAAUGGUGAGGCCAAAUAUUAUUUUGGAAACCUCAAAAUGUUCUCUUUAAAAGAGAAAGAACCGUUUAUUGAAUGUAGGGAGUACAUUCGCGCAAUUCACGAUUGGGGGGUAGGAGAAAGGAAAAAUCAAAUGAAAAAAUUAAUAAAAGAAGCGAAGAAGGGCCCCCCGCGUUAUCUUGAGCCGAAAAAAGGAACCGCGACGGCUUCGUCCCGUAAAAGGGCUGGGUCUCCCAAGGCAUCUGUCAGUAAGAAGCACACCUCGAUGGUUACUAGGCCAGUUGUCAAUUCGGUUGACAACGAAGCUAGUCCUUCGAAGCAAAUACAUCAGACCCUUCCGUAUCUAGAAGACGCGGAGGCCGAUUCGGACUAUGGAGACGCCGAGGACGGCCAAACAGUUAAAAAAGACGGCAUUGAAGCGGUGAAAGAAGAUAAUAACUAA